AUGAGGAAUGCUUGUGUUUUAUCGUUUAUUUUCUUUUGUUCUGUUGUUAUGGUUAUAAGGUUUAUCGGAUAUUUUUUUUCUAGUGUGUAUAUGACAGAAGAAGCAUAUAAUAAUAUUUUUGAGAUUAUAAAACCUGAGAAUUUCUAUAGUUCUUUUUUUUUAUUUUCAAAGGAAAAGAAAAAUGAUUUUGAUAGUUCUACAAAUUGUAAGGGAUAUAUAAGAUGUGAUCCUUUUUAUAAAAAUAUUUCUACAUCAUGGAUGAGAUAUAAUUUAAUAGAAAAUGGUCUUAUUAGAGGUGCAUUAAAUAUACAUAUGAUGAGUAAAUAUAAAAAGGAAACUAACAAAUUAUUAAAAGGAAAAGAUAAUAUAGAAAGUGUAAAUAAUAAUAAUGAGAAUAAUAUGUCCAAUGGUUAUUCACAUUCAACUUUAAAAAAAGAAAAGCGUUUAGUGUUCCUUUUAUUUUAUAAAAAAAUUAGGAUGAUGAAAUUAUAUAUAAGGAAUUUAUUUAAUAACUACAUUAAAAGUGAUGAUAAAAGAGACCAUUUUGAGAAUAAUAUAGAAACUAAUAAAAAAAUGGUUGAUAUUGAAAUAAAUAAUUUGUUUGAUAUUCUAUAUAUGAUAACAAGAAUUGAUAGUGAUGUAAAUAAUAUAUACUCCAUCAUUUAUAAUAAUUUCUUGUAUGUUAUAAGAAUAUUAUUUCUUCCAUUUGAAAAAAUGUAUUUAUAUUUAAAACACACCAUAAGGAUAAAACAAAUGAAGAUGUUUUAUUAUUAUUAUGUAAAUAUGUUUUCUUUGUUUAAAAAAAAUUACAACAAUAAUGUUGACGUGUGGCAUGUAAAUAAUAAAAAAUAUGAAGAUAUUUUUAAUCAUAUACAUAGUGUAACAUCUCAUAAUGGAUACUUAAAAAAUGAAAUGUCAGAUAAAUAUAGAAGAGUUAUACGUAUUCUAUCUGUGAAGAAUGAUGAUUCUUUUGUAGGUUCUGUGUUAACAGAUUCUGAGAAAGUUGAAAAGGAUGAUUCAGAUGUAAAACAAAAAAAAAAAAAUAAAAAUGAAAAUAUAAAUAUAAAUAAAAAUAAAAAUAUAAAUAAAAAUAAAAAGGAAAAUAUAAAUAUAAAUAAAAAGGAAAAUAUAAAUAAAAAUCAACAUAAAAAGGAAAAUAUAAAUCAAAAUAUUAAUAACAAAAAAUCUGACAUAUCAGAUGAAUUAACACUAGAAUCCUUUUACAGAGAAGAAUUAGAUAAAAUAGGAAAAGAAGAAAUUGAAAAAUAUUUUAAAGGAAAUAUAGAUAAAAAGUCAAUUGAUGAAUUUUAUAAAAUAUUUCAUGAAGAGUUAUAUAAGAUGAAAAAGGAUGAAUUAUAUGAAAUGUUCAGAGAAGAAUUAAAUAGCAUUGAACAAGAAAAAAUAAAAAAUAUGAAGAAAGAAGAAAUUGAUAAAAUAUAUAAAGAAGAAUUAGAAAAAAUGGAUCGUGAUGAAAUUGAUAGAAUACAUAGAGAAGAAUUAGAAAAAAUCGAAAAAGAAAAAAUAAAUAAAAUGGAUAAAGAAGAAAUAGAUAAAAUAUAUAAAGAAGAAUUAGACAAAAUGGAUCGUGAUGAAAUUUAUAGGAUAUAUAUAGAAGAUAUAAAAAAAAAUAUAGAUAUAAAUAAAAAUAAAAAUGUAGAUAUAAAUAAAAAUAAAAAUGUAGAUAUAAAUAAAAAUGUAGAUAUAAAUAAAUAUUCUAAUAAACAUUUUGAUAAUGUCGAAGAAACAGACAGAAUUAAGAAUGAAGAACUUGAUAGAUUGAAUAGAGACGAAUUAUAUAGAAUAUAUCUAGAAGAAUUAGAAAAAAUGGAUCGUGAUGAAAUUGAUAGAAUACAUAGAGAAAAAUUAGAAAAAAUUGAAAAAGAAAAAAUAAAUAAAAUGGAUAAAGAAGAUAUAGAUAAAAUAUAUAAAGAAGAAUUAAAUAAAAUGGAUAAUGAUGAAAUUGAUAAUAUAAGAAGAGAAAUAUUACAAGAUAUACAAAAAGAAAAAAUCCAAAAUUUAAAAGUAGAAGAAAUUGAUAGACUUUAUAAAAAAGAAUUAGAUAGAAUGGACAGAGAAGCAAUAUAUGAAAUGCACAUGAAAAAUUUAGGAAGAAAUGUAAAAGAAAAUAAUAUAUAUAGAAAUUUAAAGAAUGAAUCUAAACAAAUAAAUAAAAAAGAAAAUGUAAAUGUUUUUAUAAUACACGAUAAUAAAAAUAUUAGUGAUAAUAAAAAUAUUAAUGAUAAUAAAAGUAUUAGUGAUAAUAAAAAUAUUAGUGAUAAUAUAUAUAUUAAUGAUAAUAAAAAAAAUAAUGAAAAGGUUCAAGUAGAAUUGGUUGUAAGAAAUAUAGAUAAAGACAAAGGAGCCAGCAUAGAAGAUAUUAUAGAAUAUUUUAAUAAAGAAAUUAAAAAAGAUAAAAAUUUAAAUGUUUCAGAUAUAAUAAAUUUUUUAAAUUCAAAAGUAGAAAAGGAUAACACAUCAAUUCAACAUAAGAAAGAAAAUAAAGUCGAUGUUGUGAAGAAAAAUAUUAAGAUUGAUCAAGAGGAUCAUAUAGAUAAUAAAGGUCAAAAGGAUAACACUGAAAUGUUAGAUAACAUUAAAGAUAUAAUAAAAAAUGUGGAUAAUAUAAACAAUGUGGCUGAUGAAAAUAGUGAUAAUAUCAACAACAAUGUUGAUAAUAUAAACAAUGUUGAUAAUAUAAAUAAUGUUGGUGAUCAAAAUAGUGAUAAUAUAAAUAAUGUUGGUGAUCAAAAUAGUGAUAAUAUCAAUAACAUUGUUGAAUAUAUAGAGGAACAGGAGAAAAAUCCAAAUGUGGAUGUUCCAAAUAAAAUAGACUGGCAACACAUAUUUAAAGACAUAGUAACAGAAAACAUAAAAAAUGAAAAACAUUUCAACAACGAGAAAGAAAAUACAGAAAAGGAUAUUAGUGAAGAAGAUAAUAUAAAUGAUAAUUCAAAAAAUGAUUAUAUAGAUAAAGAAAUAUAUAUGAAUGAUUCAGUGAAUGAAGUUGUUGAACCAGAAAGGGGUGUAGAAGAAAUAAAUAAGAUAGAUGAUAAUAAUAUAAAUAUUGAUGAAGUAGAAGAGAAUUAUCAAAAGAAUAACAAUAUUGAAGAAGAAAAAAAUAUAAUAGAUAAUAAUAUAAACAAAAAAUAUAUAUAUAAUAUGCAAAAAGAUGAUAUUAUAAAUAAUAAAAAUACAAAUGUUAAUGAAGAUAUACCUAUUAUAGAAAGUGGAAAAGAAAUAGCAGAACUUUUUAAUAAUAUAAUAAAAAAUAGUAAUAUUUUAGACAUGUGUUCAAAAAUGAAUCCUUCAGAUAGUGAUAAGGGAUUUAUAUGUGUAAACGGAAAUAAUUAUAUUAUAAAUCCUGGUACAUAUCAUAUAAUUAAUAUAAAAUAUCCAGAUUAUAAUUAUUCUAAAAAAAGAUUAUAUGAUUCGAUGGAUUGUAUAGCUAUAAAUAAAAAAGAUAAUAAUGAUAGUAAUAAUAGUCAAAAUAGUUAUUAUCAUAAAAAAAAGAGUAAUGAUUUAUAUUUAAAAAAAUCUAUUGAAGAACUUGUUCCAGGUUUUUUAAGCAAUAUUAAUAAUAAAGUUGAUGAUUUUACCAGAAUAUUUACUCCAUCAUUUAUUCAGAAUGAUAUAUUUUUAAAUUGUAUUUAUAAAUAUAGAAAUGAUUUUGAUAGGAAUGAUAAUUUUUAUUCCUUUCCUGUGAAAAUAUUUUUAAGAAAAAGCACAAACAAAAUGAAAGGUUGUUCUUUUCAAACUGACGAAGAUUCUUUCUUAUAUAAAGAUUAUGGACAAAAAGAAUCAUUUCUAACUAAUAAAAUUAUUUUAAAUAAUUUGAAUAGAAAUACUGACUGUGUAUUGCAUGCAUCAAAUGAAAUAGUUGGUUUUCAAUGUGGACCUCCAUAUAAAUCUUAUGAUAAUAUACAACACAGCAACAAAAUAAAUAAUACAAAUAAUAUGAAUAAUAUGAAUAAUAUGAAUAGUAUGAAUCAUAUGAAUCAUAUGAAUAAUAUAUAUAGCAUAUAUUAUAAUAUUCCAUAUUCUCAUUUAUAUAGAAAUAUAUUCAAUAAUCAACAAAAAUCAUAUAACGUAGGAGGAUAUUUUCAAACAGAACCCAUAAAUUGUUUUGAAUAUGUAAAUGAUAAUGUUAACGUUAAAAAUAUUUUACCAGGAUCGAUUGCAUUUCCUAGAUUUGAUUCUAUUAGUGAUACACUAGAUGUUAAUCAUACAAGAUAUAUAAUGUUGAAUGAGACAAAUGAAGAUAAAAUAAUAUCUUGUACCUGUAAUUAUUUUAGAGAACCCAAUAUUGUCUAUACAGGUAAAAUAAUUAUUAAGGUCGAAGAAGAAAAAAUAUAUAAAAAUAAAAAAUUGAAAACUGAAAUUAAUGAUGUUAUAAAUAAUAAUAAAGAAAUAUAUGAAGAAACAAAUAUUAAUAAUGUAAUUGAAAAAAAAAAAAAAAAAAAAGAUCAAGAAGAAAAUCAUAUCUCAUUUAAUAAAAAUUUUAAAAUAGAUGAUAUAUAUAAAUUUUAUAAUAACAAUAUUCAUUCUAAUAAUAAUUAUCAUCAUAAUUAUUCUUUUAAAGGAGAUUAUCCAAACAAAAUACAUGAUACGUUUCUUAAGAAUAAUAAAUACAAUAUAUUUUUUAAUAAUUUAAAAUUUAAUAAUAUUAAACAUGACCAUAAAUAUAACAAAGAUAUUCUCAAUUACAAAUAUGAUGUUGAUGAUUAUAAUGAGUUGCAAGUUAACAAUGAGGGUUCAUCUAAAGAACAAGAAGAUUUUAUUGAUUUUAAAGAAAAUAUAAUUAAUGAUAAUAUCAACUAUAAUCAUAAAGAUCUAUAUGAUAAUGAUGAUGAUAAAUAUAACAACAGUAACAACAACAAUAAUAAUAAUAUUAAUUCUUGGAAGUCAUUUGAAAAUAAUCUUGAUCUUCAAAGAAGUAUAUUACAAUCUGGAGAUACACAACAAGUACUUGUAAUUAAUAAAUCUAAUAAUGUAAAUAUUCUUUUUCCAGAUAAAAAAAAAAAUCACACUCAUACAAAUGAAGACAAAAACACAUUUCCUAAAUAUAUCUCUCUGGUAUAUAAAGAAAAAAAUAAAGAUCAUGAAAAAAUAGACAAGACAUUAACUUUUAUUAAGGAAUUCUACCCUCCAUCACUAAGAGGAGGUAAAGACAAUGGAGUGGAGAAUAAACAAAAUUUGGAGAAUAACAAUGAUGUAGAAAUAAAGGAUGAUAUAAAAAAAAAUGAUAAUAAGGAAAUAAAUGAUAAUAUUGAAAUAAAUGAUAAUAAGGAAAUAAAUGAUAAUAUUGAAAUAAAUGAUAAUAUUGAAAUAAACGAUAAUAUUGAUAUAAACGAUAAUAUUGAUAUAAACGAUAAUAUAUAUGAUGGUAAUAAUAAUUUACCAGAUGAUUCUCUUAAUGAAGAUAUUAUUGAAGAACCCUUUGAAAAUAUUUUUGAUUUUAUAAAUGAAGAAACAAGGUCAAAUGGAGACCAGGAAAUAAAUGCUGCUUCAGAAGAUUCUAUAAGAAAAAAAUUAAGUCAGAAUUUUCUAGACAUAAUACGUGGAGGGAAAUUUAAAAUAAGACAUAAAGAAAAAAAUAAAAAAAAAAGAUAA